UGAUCUGGUUCUGUCCCUUUAAGUCGUGACGUCGAGCAACUGGUGCUCUAGUUCGUUGUGCGAGCAGCAGCGGCGGCGGUCUGCUGCAGUGAGGAGCGGCGCUGCCUGGUGCUCCCAUCUCAGGGACCUCGGCGCUCGACUGGGUCCUCCACUGCCCCGAACAUGGAGUUUUUACUGGGGAACCCGUUCAGCACUCCGGUGGGACAGGGCAUCGAGCGUGCAACCGGAGCCAGCCUGCCGUCGGAAGACUGGGCCCUCAACAUGGAGAUCUGUGAUAUGAUCAACAGCUUAGAGGAAGGGCCCAGAGAUGCCGUCAAAGCGAUCAGGAAAAGGAUCGUUGGGAACAAGAACUUCAAGGAAGUGAUGCUGGCGCUCACGGUUCUGGAGACUUGUGUGAAGAACUGCGGCUACAGAUUUCACAUCCUGGUGACCACCAGGGAUUUCAUCGAAGGUGUUCUUGUCCGGUCGAUCAUCCCACGGAACAACCCUCCCCUGGUCCUGCACGACAGAGUCCUCAGCAUUAUUCAGGCGUGGGCUGACGCAUUCCGUAGCUCACCUGACCUGACGGGUGUGGUGUCGGUGUAUGAAGACCUGCGGAGGAAAGGGCUGGAGUUUCCCAUGACAGAGCUGGACGGAUACUCGCCAGUUCCAGCUCCCAAAAAGACUCCGCCUGGCAACGGUCCUGCUGUCACUACGCUCCCUGCUGCGGUGCUGUCUUCCAAACACCCUCUCAUCCCGCCUCUGACCUCUGAGCUCAAACACAUCCUAGACGGGCGGGAAGCCCUCACGCCCUCACAGGUGAACACACUGAAGGCGGAGCUGGGAGUGGUCCGCAGCAACCUCACCACCAUGUCAGACAUGAUGAGUCAGCUGGACCCGGUCACGGUGAAGCAGGCAGACAUGGAGCUCCUGGAGCUGUACACCGUUUGUAAAGACAUGCAGGACCGGAUCGUGAAGAUUGUGCCGCGGCUCAGUGAGGAGAAGCUGAUCGAGGAGCUGCUGGCCACCAACGACGAGAUGAACACGGCCUUCAGCCGCUACCAUCGGUUCGAGAGGAGAUUGACAAAUGGCCAGAACUCCACAGAGAAGAGCCACACAUACGUGAACCUGGCUGACGUCCAGGCCGGCAGCCAAUCGGAGGACAGCGCCUUCAGCCAGUCCAAAUCUGACAGUUUGUCCAGCGACAUGGCAAGAUUAAGUACGUGUGACGGCGACGACUUGGACUCUCUGAUGCAGAAAAGAGACUCGGAACUUCAGCAAAGCCCCAAUGGACAGAGUGACGGAGUGGACGGGCUGGCGAGGGCCACGGAUGGGCUGCUCAACACCAGAACGGAGUUCAGUCCCGCCUCCUCCCAUGACUCCUCACCCAAGUUAGACUGGAUGAUAAAGAGAGGAAUGAUCCCGAUCAACCAGUCCACUGUGAUGGACGACAUCGAGAAGUGGCUGACGCUGGAUGACGACGACUUUGCUGACUACGAGGACUCGGAUGGUGUGACCAGUGAAGAGUUCGACAGGUUUUUAGCUGGACGGGCCGAGGCAGCGGAGCGUCUGCCAUCCGUCCGGGCUUCGCAGAACACCAACCACUCAGAGUCCUGAGGCCGACCCAAGCCUGCUGCACUAACAACGGCGGCGAGGAUCUGCUCCCGACCACUCGCUAACCGCCCGCUCAAACUGGAAAACAAGCCCAUGAUGGGGCACAGACUUGGACUCGCUGUGACUCGCUGCUUCCUGCACAGCAUGUGUUUGAUGUUCUACUCGUGGUGGACCGGGGUCCCGUGUGUCUGUGUGUGUGCGUGGACUGCAAACCUUUGCACAUUUUUUAUGGUUCAAUAUCCGCGGUCGAAGAGUCUGUUUCUGAGGUCUACUUUGGCGCAUAGAUGUAUUAUAUUAUGGAGAAUAUUUGUGAACGAUUCGGAUGGGUGAGAGGGUGUUCAGUAGCAAACACUGUGCGACAGAACUUGGCUGCUUCUUAAUCAGACGGUGUUGUGUUUGUGUUCUUAAUCAGUUCAUGGAACUAAAAGACCUUUUUUACAUGCAACAUUCCUUUGUGACCUCUUUUUUUGCCUGUUAAUGGCCGCCUGCCAUAUUAAACUGAAACCACUA